GAAUUGUAAUAUUUUUCAGAGAAUUGAAGCCACAAUAUGAAAUUCAGCAAAACGAAGUGAAUGGAGGUACUUAUCCUGAAUUAUUGCAAGGAAUUUAUAAAUUUCGUCCUAAUGUUUUUAUCAAUGAUAAGCAUUUAACUUUAAAAGGUGAAAAUAAUUUGGAUAUUAAACAAAAUACUAAUUGGUUGUCAUUAGAGAAUGAACCGGCUAAUCGAAGUGUAAUCGACAUUACUCAAACUAUGAGAAAUGACAAAACUUCUAUUGAACAUGAAACAAAAUUAUCUGAUGAAAGUACUGAAAGGCAUUCUAAGUCAUUGACAAGUUUGAGGACUUUACAAGAAAAUGAUGUGCAUAAUAAACUAUUAUAUGAUUCCAAAGUUAAUCAAUCUACAAUUGUAAAAAUACAAGAUUGUAGUACGAGCAUUAUUUCAUCAGUAUGUAAUUCAACUACAAUGAAUAACAAUACAUCGAGUACCAACAAGCAAGAUGAAGUUAAUAAAGAUAAUUUAAGUAACCCGGAUAAAACUAAUUUAACGAGCACUGUGGUACAAGCAGAUUUUAAAAAUGUUUUAAAUAUGCAGAGGCAGUUAUCGAAUGCUAUUCAACCGAAGAAUAUUAGUGAAAGCUGUAGCCCCAAAAGUAGUUUUCUAUCACUAGCGGUGACAGCAAAACAAAUAGCAAAGGAGUCAACAAUAACAAUAAAGUCUUCUCAUGGUUGCAACAAUUCUCGUCUUUUGGUACGUAUAAAUCGAAUUAAAGCCGAGGAUGUACGUCUUAUGCAACAAAGUAUUAAAGAAUUUAUAAAAAAGUCACCAGAAUUGGCAAAGAAAAUGUGUUUGUUAAAGUCCGACAUAUCAGACGUGGUGAAGAGUGAAGCAGAGGACAUACAUUUGGAAUUAAAAGACUUAGAACAGCAAAUGGAAAAAGAGAUCACCAAAGUGAAUGUUUCGGAAGAAAUCAAAUCCGCUGUUUUAGAUGACACAUUCAAUAUUAUGAAAGCACAUGAAAAAGUAGCUCAAAAACGUAAACACCCGACAGCUGUUGAAGAUAUUCCACCGGAAUUAAUAUUUACAAAGCCAAAAGUACGAAGAGUAGAGCGUAACAUGUCUGCACAUAUCCCUAAGUGUUCAAAAGAUGAUGUUCUACGUUCACAAACAUAUCAGCAAUUUAUGCGUAAUAUGGAACAAAUAAUUGAGUUAUUGGAUGACACGGAAUCACCGAACUUCGAGUCUGAUGACGUUGAUGAAAAUAUAGAGUGCAUUUCGGCCAAGAUGUUAAAUACCAUGAGCAAUGACGUAGCAAAGCUUAAGGCCAAAAAUGUUCUGGAUUUAAUACCAAAAAACAAGCUAACCUUAUUGAUAAACUAUGCUAUGCGUAAUGUUUAUUUAGCAAAAAAUUACUCUGCAGGUCCAGAUGAUGAAGAUGAAAUUUUUGACGAUGAAGUUAUGGAAAAAAUAUUGAACGCAAUUGAGGCUUGUUUACUUAUUUGUAAUAUAUAUUCAACAGUGAAUGAUUUAAAAUUCCUGCAAGAAGACAAUAUAUCGCUUAUUAUCAAAUUCAUUCAAUUUCAAUUGAGGGAGACUAUUUUUCCGUCAUAUGAUUCCGUAUAUACUGUAAAAAGUAUGAAGAAAAACGACAAUAGAAAAAAAACAAAAACUCAUCAAAACCACAACCGAAAUCUUCAUUUACUUUAUUCUAAAGUCGUUGAAUUAAUGAAAGUUUUUGUAAUGUUAUUUGACAAAUGCAUUUUUGUAGAUACUAUUGUAUUACCUCUCUCUACACUUGCGAUUGAGCCAUUUUUUGUGGAUAAUAUCGAUACAUUGCAGUUUGUAUGUUUAGAGCUAGUUACAACGAUAUUUCGAAAGGAGCACUAUGAUAAAAUUCGAAGCAGCAUACUAGGUGAUAUCUUAUCAUCUAUUGAUCGUUUACCAUCAUCGAAAAAAAAUCUUCGUCCAUUUAAGUUAACUAAUAAUGGCGGGAACAUACAAAUGGUGACUGCCUUAGUUCUACAGCUAAUUCAAUGCGCUACAAUUUUACCCGAUUCACUGUGCUCAAAUGAUAAUAUAAAGUCAAUAAAUUAUGAACAAAACGAUGUCUCAAAACCAAAAAAGCCAAAUGUUGAUGUUAUUGUGUUAAAAAAAUAUGAUGUAGCAAUAAGUAUUGGAGGCAAUUUUCUCACAACUUUUCUUAAUAAAUGUAAAUCUCGGUCAAAUGAAACAGAUUUUCGACCACUCUUUGAGAAUUUUAUACACGAUUUACUUUCAACAGUAAAUAAGCCUGAAUGGCCGGCAUCUGAAUUGCUGCUUUCCUUACUUGGAACGAUGCUAGUACGAUAUGUUUCAGAUAAAACUAUAGAACAAAGUAUUCGUUUGGUGUCAUUAGAUUACUUGGGAAUUGUCGCAUCACGAUUACGAAAAGAUACAGUGGAAUCUCGAUGUAAAGUUAACAUAAUCGACUCUAUGAUAAAAUCUAUAAAAAUCGAGCAAGAGAGGGAAGGUGACCUACCAACGGUUAAUAACAAAAUAAAACUAGACCCCGAAGAAGAAAGAACAGAAUUUCUCCAAAAAAUUCUUUUAGAUUUUUUGGCAGUAAAUGCUCAAGAAGAGAAUUUAAUAUGGGACUAUGCUCGACACUUUUAUUUAGCUCAAUGGUAUAGAGAUAUUAUAUACCAACGAAGAAGGGUAGCUGAUGGCGACAAACGAUAUGCUUCUAGAAAGAAAAGCAAUAUUCGACAAAAACAUCGAAAAGGUGGAUCAUCAGAAUCAUCUGAAAGUGAAAGUUGUAACGAAAGUGGAGAUGAUAACAUCGCUGAUAACACAAAUAAUCGUAAUUCUGGUAUUAUAGAUCAAGAACUAAAUUUGGAAAUAUUCAAUAUUUUAGAAGAACGAAAACAUUAUUUAAUAAAUAAUAUUAAACCAUACUCUGCGUCCAGUGAUAUUAAUCAUACAUCACAACAUAUUAAAACUUACAUUGACUACAAUAAUGCGCACCUUAUCGCACAAUAUUUGGCAACAAAACGGCCUUUUAGUCAGUCGUUUGAUGGUUAUCUUAAAAAAAUAAUAUUGGUCGUUAAUGAGCCCUCAAUAGCAGUAAGAACUCGUGCAAUGAAAUGCUUAGCAAAUAUAGUUGAAGUGGAUCCUUUUGUACUGAAAAGGAAAGAUAUGCAAAUGGGAGUUAAUCAAAAAUUUUUAGAUGCUGCAAUAUCUGUGCGUGAAGCCGCAGUAGAUUUAGUCGGAAAAUUUGUUCUAAGUAACGAAGAGUUAAUAGAUCAGUAUUAUGAUAUGUUAUCCACCAGAAUACUGGAUACUGGCGUAUCGGUGCGAAAACGUGUUAUUAAAAUUCUUCGUGAUAUAUGCAUAGAAUAUCCAGAUUUUAAGAAAAUACCGGAAAUAUGCGUCAAAAUGAUAAGAAGAGUAAAUGACGAAGAAGGAAUUCAAAAACUGGUUACAGAAGUAUUCAUGAAAAUGUGGUUUACACCAUGCAGUAAAAAUGAUAAGCAUGGUAUUCUGCGAAAAAUUAAUCAAAUUAUCGAUGUUGUUAACACGGCACACGACACCGGAACAUCAUGGUUGGAAGGACUAUUAAACAGUAUUUUUCAACCGAAGGAAAAUAUGUUAAAAUUGGACGGAAAUAAUCAAGAUCUUGUUAAGAAAAAUACUGAACCUCCCCAAGAGAUUGUUCUUGCUUGUCAACAAUUAGCUGAUGGAUUGGUUGAACGUCUAAUUGAAUUGGAAGAUACUGAUAAUGAACGAAUGUUAGGGUGUAUUACAACAUUACAUUUACUAGCCAAAGUUCGUCCGCAAUUAUUAGUAAGACACGCUAUAACCAUUGAACCAUAUCUUAAUAUAAAAUGCCAUCCAUCAACUGCACCUAAAUUUAUAUGCGCUGUCGCAGAAAUUCUUGAAAAGGUCGUUCCACUAGUAAACAACGCCAGUGAAUCGUUUUUGGCAUCUUUGGAAGAACAUUUAAUGUUACUGGUUGUAUCAUUAAACCAAGCUGUGGUUUCCAGUUGCGUAUCUUGCCUUGGAGCUGUCGUAAAUAAAAUAACGAAAAACUACAAAUUAAUUCGUGACUGUUUUCAUAAAUUUUAUCGAAUUUUAGAUUAUAGUCGUAAUCAAGUAUCACAAAACAAUCAAAGUGUUGAAUCGAUUUAUACACCAAUGUUUCGACGAAGUUUGUUUACAAUCGGAAUUUUGAUGAGAUAUUUUGACUUUAAAGCACCUUAUGUUAUUGGAGAAUCUAACAACCUUUCCCCAACCAUAUGUGAUGAUGCUUUUGACUGUAUUAUGUUUUUUACUCAAUGUUCUAACUACGAAAUUCGAAAACAGUCUUUAAUCGCUUUAGGUUCAUUUUGCGUAAUGAACGAUGAUUAUUUAAUAAGGCCAGAACUGAAACAAUUUUAUUGUGAUAUUCUAAGUUUAGAUAAAUCGGAGCCCAGUAUAAAAAUAAUUUGUAUGCGCAACAUAUGGAUAUAUCUAACUGAAUCCGAAAUGUAUAUGUACAAUAAGGAAAAAGAAUGGGAAAAACAGUCAAAAAAUGAAGAUCUUAAAGAAAUGAACGAUGUUUCUUCCGGAAUGGCUAGCAGAGUAAUUCAACUAUAUUUGCAAGAAAUUUUGGAUUGUUUUUUAAACCGCGAUGAUACUGUUCGUCUUUGGGCAGUUAAGGUAGUUCAAAUAGUUUUGCGACAAGGUUUAGUUCAUCCAGUACGAAUGGUGCCCUAUUUAAUCUGUUUGAGUACGGAUUGCAAACUUGAGUCAGCACAUAGGGCCGAUGCUUUACUAAAAGAUAUUGAUAGAACAUAUUCUGGAUUUGUUAAUAUGAAAGUUCAAUUUGGAUUACAGCUAUGUUUUAAGCUACAGGAAAUACUUCAGUGUAGUAACAAGUCAAAAAGUAACAUUAUCCGAGGUUACGUGAAACGCGAAUCUGAUUCAAUGCCGACAGCAUUAAACGACUUCCUAUACACCUUGUUACGGACAACAAAACCUCAAAGGCGUGCAUUAGUACAAACAGUCACGAAACAAUUCGAUGACCAAAAAACUUCAUUACGUCAAAUGCUUUUUAUUGCAGACAAUUUAGCAUAUUUCCCAUAUGUGGUGCAGGAUGAGCCACUCUAUCUUAUUCAUCAAAUCGAUUUGCUGAUUUCAAUGGCUGGUACCAAUAUAUUAGCAACAUUUAAGGAAUGUCUAAAACCUAACGACAAUGCAGAUGAUGUAUUGGAAGACGAUGAUGAUGAAGAAGAUCCUGAGGUACUUUUCAAACGAUUGCCGGAUGAUGUUAUUGAGAUACAAAAAUGUAUUACAUCUGCGCAAGCCUGUAUGCUGCUCCUAAUAUUGAAGGAGCAUUUAAAGGACAUGUAUAGCUUAACAGAUAGUAAAAUUUCUCGAUACUCUCCCUCUGAACCAAAAAUUCAUGAAAAAGCAGUGUCGCGAAAAAUUGUACAUGAUUUUAAUCCAAAAACUACAAUAGACAUAAUUAAAAAACAACAGGAACAUCAAAGUAACUGCAACACCGAAAAAGAUGACAAAAAGAAACAACUUUCCGAUGAGGAAAAAAUGGAUCUGGUUGUGAAAUACUUAGACUUUAAACAAUUGAUGUUAAAGCUUGAUCCUGAUGAUGCAGAUUCUGACGAAGAAAUAAGAGAUAAAUUGAAGUUAAACACAUAUAUUAAAUCAGGCACAUCACCAACCCCUUCAAUGAUACCCUCAACAGGUCCUUUGCAGUCUCUAAAUGAAAGUGGACACGCAAUCGACAACGCAGUACAUUCUCCGUCUCCUAAUAAAGGUGGAAGCUAUGAUAUUGCAAUACAUACUCCAGUCAAGGAUAUUCCAACUACACCUUCAACACGAAACACAAAAACAACUACUUCUUCUAAAACAUCAGCUAUACGCAAACAAUCUCAUCGAAGUAAGCGUAAGAAACGUAAGAUGGUCUCAUCAGACGAAGAUGAAGAAUACAGUGAUAAUUAAUAUUAAAAUAAAAAUUGAACUGUUAAACUGUUUUACAACACAACACAUACUAUUAUAUAUUAUUAGUUUUGAUUUUUAGUAUAAAAAAAUCAAUUUUUUUACAACAUGUACAAUUUAUAUAUUACAAAUGAAAAAUUUUGUUACAUUUGUAAUAUUAAUACAACUUUCUACAAUAAUUUGUUAAAUAUAAAUGUAUAUCUAUAGCGUAUAACACUAGGUUUAAAUGCUUAUUUUUAUUUUAGAUAAAUAAAAUUAUGUUUGUACUGUAAAUAUAAAAUUUUUGGAAAAUUAUAUUAAAAAAUAGUAAUAAUAGACUCUAGCUUUGUUGUUGAAAACAGUUUGAAAAUUGGAUGUUUUCGCUGAUGAAGUUUAACUUAUUAAAGUAAUAAAUUUUAUUAAUAAACAAUUUUAUUUUUUGACGAAAAAA